AUGCUUCGUCACCGUACAGAAAAGUCGCCUCGGACAGACAAAAAGUCAAGCAAGCCAAAAGAUACAGAAUUUAGGCAACAGCGCAUGAAGGCGUGGGAGCCCAUGUUGACUCCGAAGAUAUGCAUCAAAGCCUUUAUAUGUCUCGGGUUGGCCCUCAUAGUUGUUGGCAUUGUGUGGCUGGCCACCUCCGAGCAAACCAGAGAAAUCAGCCUUGACUACACACGAUGCCACGAGAUCGACUCUUACGACGAACUUCAGGUGAUGCCACCAGAGAAUGUCUCCAAGCACUUCAAGGCGUCAUCAGCCGGUCAGCCAGUGGAUCAGUGGAAACGAUCCAACCAGACAUUGACCUUUGACGGGGUAACAAAGAACUACACCCUCUGCACGAUAGAAUUCUUCCUUCCAGAGGACCUGCAGCCGCCGGUAUUUUACUACUACCGCCUCGCGAAUUUUCAUCAAAACCACCGCCAGUACAUAAAAUCUCGGCACGUGGAGCAACUCAAAGGUAGCCCUAGCAGCCUGGGCUCGAUUAAGGGCUCAGCUUGCGCGCCACUGGGUACUCUGGAGGCGGAAGAAAAUACACAAGAGUCCAUUAUCUACCCCUGCGGAAUGAUCGCGAAUUCAUACUUCAACGACACCUUCGUGGCUCCUCUGCGGCUUUCUUCGACAGAUAGCUCGAACCAGACACGAUCUUACAACAUGACCACGAGAGGAAUUUCCACCUCGAUUGACAAGCUGCUGUAUCAGCCAAGUCGUUACAAUAUCACUCCUGAGACUAAUUCCAAUGAUACCAUCAAGAUAGUGCCCCCACCGGCAUGGUCUGAACGCUUCCCCAAUGGCUAUCACUCGGGCAACUUGUUCAACCCGGCCGAAGAUGAGUCCUUCAUGGUCUGGAUGCGAACAGCCGCAGGGUCCAGAUUUGCCAAGCUGGCGAUGCGCAAUGACGAAGAUGUCAUGGAGAGGGGGAGGUAUCGCCUUGAGGCCAUGUCCCAUUUCCCUGUCCAUUUGAACAAGGGCACGAAGUCCAUCAUCAUAUCUACUAGCUCCAUCGUCGGUCGGCGCAACGCCUUCCUUGGAAGAGGUUUUGUUAUCUUGGGCGCGUUCUCCUUCUUCGCGGCUUUCCUCUCCGCGAUCACAUUGAAGUAUACACCACGGAGGCUGUCAGAUCAUGACUACCUCCACAGGAGCAAUGCCCUUCUCCGCAUGUGA